CCCGUGCUGCUGCUCGCCAUCGCCGUGCUGGGCUCCGUGCUCAAGGACAGCGACCUGGUGCCCGACACGCCGCUGCAGAACAAGCGCAACCCGCUCAACGUAUACUUCGUGAAGCUGGCCUGGGCUUGGACGCUGUGGCUGCUGCUGCCCUUCAUCACCCUCACCACGUACGAGCUGGCCCGGAGCAAGCUGCUCUACGGCCGCGCCAAGAGCGCGCUGCUGGUGCUGCGGCGCCUGGGGGCCCUGCUGGUGGGCACGGCCGUGUGGUACCUGUGCACUGAGCUCUUCAUCCUCGUGGAGAACCUCACUGGGGAGUGCUCCCUGCAGGGCAAACCCGGGCAGCCCCCCCGGCUCUACGCCUCCAAGCGCGAGUGCCAGCAGGACAGCGGCGUCUGGAACGGCUUCGACAUCUCGGGGCACUGCUUCCUGCUCUCCUACUGUGCCAUGAUGAUCCUGGAGGAGCUGGCUGUGCUGGAAGCGCUGGCCAUAGAGCUCAGCUCCAAGCUGCGUGUGGUGGUCAACGUCCUGCUUGUUUCCCUGUGCUCCCUCACCGUGAUCUGGGUGUUCAUGUUCCUCUGUACUGCCCUGUAUUUCCAUGACUUCAGCCAAAAGCUUCUCGGGGUGCUGAUAGGUCUGUCAGCUUGGUAUGGGACAUACAGGUUUUGGUAUUUAAAGCCCUUUUCUCCUGGACUACCUCUUCCAAAUAUACCUUUGAGUUCAAAGAAAUACAGCUAUAGCAGAUAAAAUAAGGUUUGAAAUGUUUUGGGUUUUGCUUUCAGUACUGGAAUAGUUGAAUGUAGGAAUGGUUACUGUAUUUCCACUGUAAGGAACAAGGUGAUGGGUUGGAGGAAACCAAAUCUGUACUAGCCAUUGGCUGGCAGGUGGUAAUGAGCUUCUUCCCUGGGAGAAGAAAAAAAAUCAGGAUUGGAAGAGGUCUGCUCUUGUUUAGGAGCUGCCAACUGGGAUUGUCAGCAAAGAAAUCAGAAGUGGAAUCUCUUUCUCUCACUAAUAAAUGGAGUAGCAGACCCAAGGCUAAAAGAGGCCUUUGAUCUUUAGGAGUGUGAUUUAUCUCAGUUAAUUCUCCCUCUUCCUUUUUGAAUUAUGUCAAGAUAUUGUGGAUGAUCCAAACUUCAGGCUUUUUUUAAUGUUCCUAUUUGUAUUGCCUUAUGGGAAAGCUCUAAUAAUCACAGUGCUGCUAAGCAUUACAAAAAUAUCAAUUCUUGUGGAAAGCAGUUCUGUUGUGAAACUGGAACAUCUCAUGUUCUCAAGUGUAAAAACACUAACUUGCCAGAAAUGCCUCAUAGCUGCUCCUGCAGCAGAGAGCAAACCUGAGGUGCAGUGUCUGAAGCAGACUGUGACUCUCAAUUCAUGCCAUGUCCAAAAAGGAAACUCUUGAAAAAACAAGCCUUAACUUUCUCCUUAGGUGAGGUAGAUGUAAUAAUAUUUUGUCAUUUUAUUCUUGACACUAAAAAACCCAAACUCCUUUCUGUGUUGCUAAAAAGCCUAGUAUGAGGAUUUGGGUUUUAAUUUUUAAAAAAAUCUAAUCCACUGCACACUUUGCAACAACAAAUUCCUUGGGUUUGCUCUUUCUUCUAGAGCAACAGUGGAAUUCUGGUGUUCUGAAGGAGCUAGCUUAUCCUGCUAUUUCCCAAAUAGUCUGCUUGGUAAUGAGUGAAAUGCAUUGUUUAUCCUGGGAGGUGCAGAGUGUGCUUGAAGCAAUAUUUAUUCUUGCAAUACCAAUAAGCUAUUUAAUUUUGAUUGCACAUAAAGCUGUGGUCACUUUUGAUGUGGCUGUAAACCCACUACUGAACAAAACACUGCUAUGAGAUAAUGAACAGGGGUGAGAUGGGUUUGCUCACCUUAUCACUCAGAUGUUUAGCAUAGUUUUUAUCUCCAAAAGCUUUUAAAUAUUUCCUAGAGGCUCGUUCAUGAUGCAGUUUCAUGAAGUGUGUUUGACAGUGAUGACAGGACAGCCAGGAAGGUCUGGGGGUGAGGCUGUGGGUCACCUCCACUGACCCCAGUGGGGUCACUCAGGCUGCAGAGUGACUUUUUCUGGGUACAGGGUGUGAUGCUCCAUCAGGCAAUCUUGGCACGUUUUGCCAGCUCAACGUCUCUCUUCCAGCAAGAGAGUGGAAGCAUUUGCAAUUCCUCCAGCAGUGUUAGUUCCAUGCUGUGGUCUGCCCCUGAGGAAAGCUAAAUUCACUGGAAUUCCCAUGAAUGUGGUGGCAAGUGGAGUUGUGUGUCCUUAGAAAGAACAAUUCACCUUUCAGAAAGGAGCUGUCCACAGGGUUAUGUAUUUUCUGUCAAACUCCUCUUGGUUUUGUAUUAAGUUGCCUUUUAAGCUGACUCUUUGAAAAUUGCACUGAUUAACUCAUAUUGGGUUUAACUAAAUUUGUUUAAACAAUGCAAAUAUAUUUGCAGACACUCUUUUGAUGUAAUUUAAGCCUACUCCCAAUAGAGCUAAGCUAGACUGCAAGCCACUUUCACCAUGAAAAAGGAUUAUAUACCCAGAAGGUUUUAUGAUUAAUUUCAUUAAGUUCCUAUUUUAGGUUUUCUUUAUGUAACUUUGCUGUAUAGACAAGCCCUUGGAACAGGAAGUGCUGUUUACUUCAACCAACUGACUUGCUGAAAUGAUGUUCAUUUUCACAAAUGUUUUGUGCAAUCGCUGUGGAUAUUUCUGUCCACUUUAACCAGUGUCAUGCAGAUUUUUUUAAUGGAAAUAAUGUAGGAUAUGGUUAUUCUCUUAUUUAAACAAUGAAAGAAAAAACAUUUGAAAACUUUAUCAGUGUUUGUGUCUUUGAGAAUGUGUUCUGCUGUCUGUAAAGAUGCUGUUGUUACUCUCCACAUCCCUGGAUGGCCCAGCCCCCCAGAGUUUGUUUGACUACUGAGACAUCUGAUUAAACUGGCACUGAAAGUUCUGCACUGUUUUAAACGGUUAACAGAGGAUGGGUUCUCAGGAGUGCAGGGUUUUAAAAAGAAACAAAACCAAACAAAAGUCAUGGCUGACUAAAGCAAGUUUCCCACUGUGUGCCUGUUACACCAAGCAGUUCAUUUUGUAAGCAUGGACAUUGGUUUAUUGUAGCAGAGGGAAAGGUAAUCCAUUGAAAUGUAUGGGGAAACUCCCAUGGGCUGUAACGCUCCUUGUGAGUUUGGAAAUCUUUUUGGGGUCUUUCUCAGUGCCCAGACACCAUGGGCCAGCUCUUGGCUCAGAAGGUUCCCUUGUGCUCCAGACCUUCUUUGUGCUUUUUGACUCUGCUCCAGACUAGGAAUCUGCUUCCUUGUGUUUCUUCUGGAAACUUAAGGUUGCAAAUUUCUUGUUCACAUAUUUGCCAUCACAUUUAUCUAACUUCCCUUUCCCAAAUUUUAUCAUUAAAAUAAAAAUGGCAGCCUCUCCACAACAGAUUUGCAGCCAAAGAGAAACAGUGCUGGAAGCAGCUGGAUUUGGUAUCCCGUGCCAAAGGCACAAAUCAGCUGUCAACAGGUAUUACUGGUUUGUUUCAAGUGUUGGGGUGGAUAUUUUUUUGUUUUUUCUGCAUUAAAGUAUUCCUGUUCUCACA